AUGUCACUGUCUAUGCCUGGACCGUCCCAGGCGGGCCUCUUCAAGCCUGGCUAUCAGAGCCAUGACGCUGAAGAUGGCGCGGUUAUUCGCAACAUCGAGGCCUGCCAGGCCAUCUCCCAGACCGUCCAAACGUCGCUUGGCCCGUACGGCCGCAACAAGAUCGUUAUUAACCACCUGCAGAAGAUGGUUCUCACCUCGGAUGCGGCUACUAUUCUGCGCGAGCUUGAUGUUGUACACCCCGCUGCCAAAUUACUUGUCAUGGCUAGUCAACAGCAGGAUGUGGAGAUGGGAGACGGCACCAAUCUCGUCAUCAUCCUUGCGGGAGAGUUGUUGAAGAAAGCUGAAGAAUUACUUCGGAUGGGAUUGAAGACGAGUGAUAUUGUGCACGGAUAUGAGAAGGCUCAGAACUUCGCCCUCAAAGUAUUAGAAGAUCUCGAGGUGGACUGUUUGAAGGAUAUUCGCUCCCAGACCGAACUCAGUAAAGCCCUUCGUACGGUGGUUGCUAGCAAGCAGUCCGGAACGGAGGAUAUUUUGGCAUCGCUGGUUGCGGAGGCUGUCCUCGCCGUCCUCCCUAAGAACCCUAUCAAUUUCAAUGUCGAUAAUGUUCGUGUAGUGAAGAUUAUGGGCGGCAGCUUGGAGCAAUCCCGUGUGGUGAAGGGAAUGGUCCUUGGUAGGGAACCUGACGGUAUCAUCAAGAAGGCGCGCAAGGCCAAGGUUGGUGUCUUUAGUUGCCCAAUCGAUAUUUCCCAGACCGAGACCAAGGGUACUGUGCUCCUGAAGAACGCACAGGAGAUGCUUGACUUUACCAAGGGCGAGGAGGAGCGUCUGGAGGCUGCCAUCAAGGAGCUUUACGACUCGGGACUUCGCGUCCUUGUAUGCGGCUCUACGGUCGGUGACCUUGCAAUGCACUAUCUCAAUCGCUUCAACAUUCUUGUGAUCAAGAUUCUUUCCAAGUUCGAGCUGCGCCGGCUCUGCCGUGUUGUUGGUGCUACACCGCUGGCUCGUCUGGGAGCUCCUAUGCCCGAUGAGAUGGGCAGCGUCGAUGUGGUUGAGACCUCAGAGAUUGGCGGUGACCGCGUCACUGUCUUCCGUCAAGAAGAUCCCAAUACUGUGACUCGCACUGCGACCAUUGUCCUUCGUGGUGCUACUCAGAACCACCUGGAUGAUGUUGAGCGUGCCAUUGAUGACGGCGUCAAUGCCGUUAAGGCUAUCACGAAGGACCCCCGUCUUGUUCCUGGCGCGGGCGCCACUGAAGUUCAGCUGGUGGAAAGAGUCUCUGCGUUUGCGGACAGGACCCCUGGACUGCCUCAGCAUGCCAUCCGCAAGUACGCCGAGGCCUUCGAAGUCAUUCCGCGCACCCUUGCCGAGUCGGCUGGGUUGGAUGCUACCGAGGUACUUUCUCGUCUGUACACGGCCCACCAGCGUUCGAACAAGAAUGAUGCAUCAUCCUCGGAAGAGUCUUCGGCAGAAGAUGGAGGCUCUGAGGAUGAGGAGGUUUACUGGGCCACAGGUGUUGACCUGGCGUCGGGCUCUUCAACUGGUACCCAGGAUGCUGUGGAGGAGGGCAUUCUCGAUCUGUUGGCUUCCAAGAGCUGGGCCAUCCGUCUGGCCAGUGAAUCGGCGCGCACAGUCCUUAGCGUUGAUCAGAUCAUUGUGGCACGACAGGCGGGCGGACCGAAGCCGCCAGGCCCAAACCCCAACUGGGAUGAGGAUUAA